ACUCCCUCCCACCCGCCGCCGCCCCGCGCCUCCCUGCCUCCCCGCCUCCUCGCUAGGGGGUGCGCGAGCCGCCGGGCGCCGGCACGCACGCUCCGCUCCGCUCCGGACACGGCGGAGCAGCCGAGAGGAGGUGUAGCGGCGCGGAGCCCGAGGGGCGGGCGGAGAGGAGGAGGAGGAGGAAGAAAUAAGAGGAACAACACCCAACAAGUAGGAGCGCGGAGGAAAGCAAGAAAAGAAACCCACCCACUCCAAAAAAAAAAAAAACAAAAAACCCCAGCGGCGCGCAGCCGGCUCGGGAAGACGCGGGGCUGCGGGGCGGGGGCGAGCGGAGAGCGCCGAGCGAGAGCCGCGCGGGAUGGACGCGAUGCUCCUGCUGCAGGGCGCCUGGGGCUCGAACCAGUGGCUGGCGGCGGUGCUGCUCAGCCUGUGCUGCCUGCUGCCCUCGUGCCUCCCGGCCGGACAGAGCGUGGACUUCCCCUGGGCGUCCGUGGACAACAUGCUGGUCCGGAAAGGAGACACGGCGGUGCUCAGGUGUUAUUUGGAAGAUGGAGCUUCAAAGGGUGCCUGGCUGAACCGGUCAAGUAUUAUCUUUGCCGGAGGUGACAAGUGGUCAGUGGAUCCUCGAGUUUCUAUUUCAACAUUGAAUAAAAGAGAUUACAGCCUCCAGAUACAGAAUGUAGAUGUGACAGACGAUGGCCCCUACACGUGUUCUGUUCAGACUCAGCAUACGCCGAGGACAAUGCAAGUGCACCUCACUGUGCAAGUUCCUCCGAAGAUAUACGACAUCUCCAGUGACAUGACCAUCAACGAAGGAACCAAUGUCACCCUUACUUGUUUGGCCACUGGGAAGCCAGAGCCGUCCAUUUCUUGGCGACACAUCUCCCCAUCAGCAAAACCAUUUGACAGUGGACAAUAUUUGGACAUUUACUCAAUUACAAGGGACCAGGCUGGGGAAUAUGAAUGCAGUGCAGAAAAUGAUGUGUCCUUCCCAGACGUGAAGAAAGUAAAAAUCAUCGUAAACUUUGCUCCUACGAUUCAGGAAAUUAAAUCUGGCACUGUGACCCCGGGACGCAGUGGAUUGAUAAGAUGCGAAGGUGCAGGUGUGCCACCUCCGGCCUUUGAAUGGUACAAAGGAGAGAAGAAGCUCUUCAAUGGCCAACAAGGAAUUAUUAUUCAAAAUUUUAGCACAAGAUCCAUUCUCACUGUUACCAAUGUGACACAGGAGCAUUUCGGCAACUAUACAUGUGUGGCUGCCAACAAGCUGGGCACAACCAACGCGAGCCUGCCUCUCAAUCCUCCAAGUACAGCCCAGUAUGGAAUUACCGGGAGCGCCGAUGUUCUUUUCUCCUGCUGGUACCUUGUGUUGACACUGUCCCCUUUCACCAGCAUAUUCUACCUGAAGAAUGCCAUUCUACAAUAAAUUUAAAGACCCAUAAAAGGCUUUUAAGGAUUCUCUGAAAGUGCUGAUGGCUGGAUCCAAUCUGGUACAGUUUGUUAAAAGCAGCGUGGGAUAUAAUCAGCAGUGCUUACAUGGGGUUGAUCGCCUUCUGUAGAAUUGCUCAUUAUGUAAAUACUUUAAUUCUACUCUUUUUUUGAUUAGCUACAUUACCUUGUGAAGCAGUACACAUUGUCCUUUUUUUUAAGACGUGAAAGCUCUGAAAUUACUUUUAGAGGAUAUUAAUUGUGAUUUCAUGUUUGUAAUCUACAACUUUUCAAAAGCAUUCAGUCAUGGUCUGCUAGGUUGCAGGCUGUAGUUUACAAAAACGAAUAUUGCAGUGAAUACGUGAUUCUUUAAGGCUGCAAUACAAGCAUUUUGUUCCCUGUUUCAAUAAGAGUCAAUCCACAUUUACAAAGAUGCAUUUCUUUCUUUUUUGAUAAAAAGCAAAUAAUAUUGCCUUCAGAUCAUUUCUUCAAGAUAUAACACAUAUCUAGAUUUUUCUGCUCGCAUGAUAUUCAGGUUUCAGGAAUGAACCUUGUAAUAUAACUGGCUGUGCAGCCCCGCUUCUUUUUCCUGUCAGUUCAGCAUGGGUGUGCCUUCAUAAAAUAAUAUUUUUCUCUUUCUCUCCAACUCCUACAAAAUGUUUUGCUAAAUCUUACAAUUUGGAAGCAAAACUAAACCGUAAGGAUAGAGUUAAACACAACCCUAUCUCUAAAGAGACACUGGACUAUUCCUUUGUUAACCGGUGGGGUUUGAGAAUUUUGCCCCAGAAUAACUCAGUUUUUGUGAUGAAAAGUAAUCUCACAACAUAGGAAAGUAAAUGUACUACAUGAGGUUUUUUUGUUAGUUAACACGAUAUGUUACAUCCAUAGUGGGAAAUAAUUCCCACUGAAAAUGACAGCAUAGCUUUCUCAAGGGUUUGCCUUGCGAGAUAGAGUCUUUCUCUUUCACUGUUCCAAGCCAACAUUUUAAGAGGGUUUGUGAAAAAGGACAAAAAGUCCUAUCACCUAAUAUCAUAUGACUUGGUAAGUGCUCACGAUUAAUUUGGUUUCAUGAUAGAUAAGAAAGUAUGACAGAGGGCCGGGGAUUUAGCUCAGUGGUUCUGCCACCUGCUUCACAAGCGGAAGACCCCGAGUUCAAUCCCUGAUACCAAAAAAAGAAAAAAAAAAAAGUAUGACAGACACAGUGCUCCUGCAGACAGGAGCAUUUUGCAUAUUUUCUGUCUAACAAUAUCACUGAGUUGAUAGUCCAGAUGCAUGCUACAAGGAAUUCCAAAAUAUAACAAAUAUUUCACAUUAGUAUUCAUCAGCUCAAUCCCUGAGGUAACUGAUUCUUCCAUGAAAACUUUUCUCAAUAGCUCAAAUAAGUGAAGCCCCCAAAAUUACCAUGCUCUAUAUUUUCUCACAUGAUAUUAUAUAUAAAAUGAUCAAACAAAGAUACCAGGGAUGACACCAUCUUAAGAUCUAUUAAUUAUUAAACCAUUGUGAGUAUUCAAAAGUUUUUCUACUUUAAAAAUGAUGACCACAUUUUUGAAGGAAAAUGCUGUUAGUCUAACUAUUAUAUUACAGGAAUAGGCUGAUGGUUUCGCUCUUUCCCAAAGAAAGGCCACAGCCUUGAAAGCCAUUUUACAGGUUGGAUGAAGUUUCCAAUUUUAGCACACCUAUAUUUCUACAAACAAUCACCUUUUGUAAGUCCAUACCAACAAUAAAGAUUCUACUAACAAAGUUAGAUACAAAACAUUUUACAGAGGUUAUACAUGUUCAAGAUGCCUAUACUUUGCCCUAAAAGGAAUGGCUUAAAAAUUGUGAUCUUUUUAUUCGAAUAAAAUAUAAAGAUGACAUACACCAUAAAUCUGUUUUAAUUAGAAAAAUGAAUCAUAAAUGAGGGAACAUAAAUACACAGUCUUCCCACAAAAUGGCAAUAAUAUGACAUAAUGCUAUUAAAUUUGCUAGCUGUAAUAAAUUUAGGACAUUUUGACUGAUUUAUUAAAAUGGGUUCUUAAAAAUAUGGCAUUGAAAUUUAUUAUGUAUUUGUCAUUCAAAACUAUAUUCUUUGUGGAAUUGGUGAGUAAACUACAAAAUAUUUUCUUUGUAUUGCAGCUUUAAAGUGGCACACUCCAUAAUAAUCUACUUACUAGAAAUAGUGGUGCUACCACAAAAGUGUUAACCAUCUGUACCAUCGUUUGGGAGAAAGAAACAGAUCAAGAAUGCAUAUUAUACAGUGACCGUUUUCCUAGAGUUAAAAAUACCUCCUCUUUGUAUGGUUUGUAGGGUACAUGUGAGGUAAAUUGAGGUAUAAACUAUGGAUGAACCAAAUAAUUAGUUCAAAGUGUUGUCAUGAUUCCGAAUUUGUGGAGUCCGGUGUUUUUCCCAUAGGACGUGAGAAGUACAGUCAUAGCUCAGUAGCUAUAUGUAUUUGCCUUUAUGUUAGAAGAGACUUUCUUGAGUGACAUUUUUAAAUAGAGGAGGUAUUAUGUUUUUCUGUAUCACAGCAGCAUUCCUAGUCUUUAGGCCCCUGGACACAGUGAAAUCAUGAGUAUUUAUGAGUUCAGUAUUGUUCAAAUAAGACUACAGUAUUUGCUUUUUGUGUGAAUGUAUUGCAUAUAAUGUUCAAGUAGAUGAUUUUACAUUUAUGGGACACAUGAAAUGUCUGAUUACUCCAUUUUAUCAGUCCUGACUGUACAAGAUUGUUGCAGUUUCAGAAGAGCAGUUUUAUAACAUUGAUUUAUCCUUCAAUCUAUGACAAUUUUUUUAGCUAUUCAUUUCAGCAUUAUCUUUUCCACAAGUUCCAUUUGUGGGAUUCUUUUUGUUGCCCCUAAAUUUUUUUCAAAGAAAGAGAAAUGGAAAAUAAAAAGCAGUUGUGAGAGCAGAGAGAAAACAUAAAGACAGAAAAGGAGGCAAAAAGAGAGGAAAAAAAAAAGGAAGAAAAGAAGGAAGGAGGUAAGAUAGAAAUAAGGAAGGAUGAGAGGGAGGGAAGAAUCAGAAGAUUAGGGUAGUUAACUUGUUCAUUUGCAUUCUCAGUUUAAAUGCAGGUGGUGUAAUUAUGUUUUACAAUGAUCUCAUCCCAAGCAUAAGUCCUGUUACGCCAUUAAAUUCCUAUUAUGCAGCAAUUAUAUAAUGAAAAGUACUGCCCAAGUUAUAAUAUCAUGUGUUUUUUGAGACACUAAGAUUUGAGAGAAUUUCAAACAUAAAGCCACUUUUGGGGGGUUUAUACCUUAGCUGAAAAAUUAAUGCUUCAUCAUAACAUUUAAGCUAUAUCUAGAAAGUAGACUGGAGAACUAAGAAAAUUACCCAGAUAAUUCAGGACGCAAAAUAUAUAUAUAGUUAAAGACCCCUAUGUGUGAAGCCAGAAAACUCUGAGAAACUGAAUUAUCAAAGCCAAUCAUCUAUAUUGAGCAAAUUAUUGAAUAAUUGUUAAUUUAUCCAUUGUGCUUAGCUUUGUGACACAGCCAAAAGUUACCUAUUUAACCUUUUCAAUAAAAAAUUGUUUUUUGAAAUCCAGAAAUGAUUUAAAAGAGGUCAGGUUUUUAACUAUUUAUUGAAGUAUGUGGAUGUACAGUAUUUCAAUAGAUAUGAAUAUGAAUAAAUGGUAUGCCUUAAGAUCCUUUGAAUAUGUAUUUACUUUAAAGACUGGAAAAAGCUCUUCCUGUCUUUUAGUAAAACAUCCAUAUUUCAUAAUCUGAUGUAAAAUAUGUUGUACUGUUUCCAAUAGGUGAAUAUAAAGUCAGUUUAUCAAUUAAAA